AUGGGGACUCAUUUUCUCCUCAGGGUUAACUGCUCAUUUUACUUUAAGAUCGGGGCGUGUCGCCAUGGGGAUAGAUGCUCACGUCUACAUAACAAGCCCACCUUCAGCCAGGUAUGUUUACUUUUCCCAUAUUACUCCGUCCUCUCCCCUGGUCAUAUUGUCCUAGCAUGUGCUGCUGUGCCCAAGCCAGAUGUUUCUCAUCUUAUUUUGUGAGAAUAGGGCUCUCAUGAACGCUCAUACAGAAGCACUGACAACAUUUCAACUUUAUCUUACGAAGGGUUCCUUUCAUUGUAUGUAUGUUUACUUUCUAGUUAUCAGCGCCUGCUCACUAUGCAAUUUGUGCUGUUAAAUCCACUUUAAACCCUUUCCAUGACCCUAUUCUGUAAUAAUGGCUGUGAUGGAUUUGUGCAUUGUUGUGAGACAGCAACACACAGUGUGAAUAGUCCCACCCUUAGCAUAAUUAAUAAUCACUUGCAAUGUAAACAUACAUCAAACAGCAGUUUCAUUUAAUCAGCACAACCUGUAGUAUUUACAAUAUUUCUCUUUAAGUAAGAAAAAAUUGGGAUGAAUUGUAGACAACUGAAAAAUUUUGCCAUGUACUGGAACAGGUUAACUUGCAUCUGUACAAGUCAAAUGAAAGACCCCAGCUUGAAUUUGGGGCGCAGUAUAGGACACCAAUUGUUAAACAACAUUUAUAAGGGAAAUAGACGAUUUGAGAACGUUUCCUGAUUUUAGAUGAAAGAUCUCUAAUGCUGUGAGUCCCUGUCCCAGAGCCCACACUGUAUGGGUGUUAUCCUAAUGUGUACCAGGCAGGAUAGGUUCCAGCGAAGUACUAUUUAUUCCUGGCUUGUGUUUUGGAACCCUCGAACAUUAAAACUAUAACCACUCCAUUAUUCUUAUGUUUUAGACAAUAGCUCUGUUGAAUAUCUACCGCAAUCCACAGAACUCGUCACAGUCAGCAGAUGGACUUCGCUGUAAGUUAAAUAGCAGCUGUUUCAUUAAUGGUUUCUCUGUUAUAUCUUCCAUACUCUGUCUCUCUCCUUCUCCAGUGCGCCCUGCGCUGUCUCUCUGUGCGCCCUGCGCUGUCUCUCUGUGCGCCCUGCGCUGUCUCUCUGUGCGCCCUGCGCUGUCUCUCUGUGCGCCCUGCGCUGUCUCUCUGUGCGCCCCGCGCUCGCUGUCUCUCUGUGCGCCCCGCGCUCGCUGUCUCUCUGUGCGCCCCGCGCUCGCUGUCUCGCUGUGCGCCCCGCGCUCGCUGUCUCGCUGUGCGCCCCGCGCUCGCUGUCUCUCUGUGCGCCCCGCGCUCGCUGUCUCUCUGUGCGCCCCGCGCUCGCUGUCUCUCUGUGCGCCCCGCGCUCGCUGUCUCUCUGUGCGCCCCGCGCUCGCUGUCUCUCUGUGCGCCCCGCGCUCGCUGCCUCUCUGUGCGCCCCGCGCUCGCUGCCUCUCUGUGCGCCCCGCGCUCGCUGCCUCUCUGUGCGCCCCGCGCUCGCUGCCUCUCUGUGCGCCCCGCGCUCGCUGCCUCUCUGUGCGCCCCGCGCUCGCUGCCUCUCUGUGCGCCCCGCGCUCGCUGCCUCUCUGUGCGCCCCGCGCUCGCUGCCUCUCUGUGCUGUCUCUCCGUGCCCUGUGGACUCCUGCUGCCUCUCUGUGUUCCCUGCCCAGUGUCUCUCUCUUUGCCCUGUGCACCCUGUGGACUUCCUUCUGUGUGCUCUGUGCAGUCUCUCUCCGUGCUCUGUGGACUCCCUGCUGUCUCUCUGUUAGCGCUGUGCUGUCUUUUUGUGUACUACUCUCUGCCCCCGGCAUCUAACGCUCCACCCCCAAUAUCUUUCCUGCCACAGGUGCUGUGAGCGAUGUGGAAAUGCAGGAACAUUAUGACGAGUUCUUUGAAGUAAGUGCUUUACGAGGACUCCUAGUGGUUACUUUGUGUACUGAAUUAUUUUAUCUCUGUGGUGUCUUAUUUGGACAGGGAUAUUUCAUUGCAAUACUUGUAUUCCUAACGCUAUAGUGUUCUACUCUCGAUAGCAGUCCAUGUUCUGUGUGUCAGGAUUAUAAUACAGGAGAGUUAUAUGUAAUGCAUAAAACGUGUAAUCCCGAUAGCAGCCCAUGUUCUGUGUGUCAAGAUUAUAAUACAGGAGAGUUACGGUAUAUGUCACAUAUAGAACGUGUAAUCUCGAUAGCAGCCCAUGUUCUGUGUGUCAGGAUUGUAAUACAGGAAAGUUAUAUAUCACGCAUAGAAUGUGUAAUCUCAAUGGCAGCCCAUACUUCAAGUUAACUGUUUCUCCAGAUAUAUGUAACUCUGGGAUGUGUAGAGAGGAGCAGCGUUUUCUUCUUGCUGUCCAGUCUGGGUGUAUCUGUGCAAAUAAUCUGGGUGUAUCUGUGCAAAUAAGCACGUCCUGUAUCUUGAAAACUUGAUAAAACAUUUUGAAACUUUUUUUUUUUUUUUUCACAAACAAAACUAGGGUUAAGGAGGUGAUAUUGUUUUGCUUAUUGGACAGCGUCUCUUUUUUUUUUUCUCCUUAGGAAGUGUUCACAGAGAUGGAAGAGAAGUACGGUGAAGUGGAAGAGAUGAAUGUUUGUGAUAAUCUCGGGGAUCACCUGGUGGGGAAUGUCUAUGUGAAGGUAAGCUGCUGAUCUGUUCCUCAGACCUCUGUCCCCUAGGUGCCUGCUGGGCCCUGCCUCUGAUUAAGGGCAGCUGUUUUUUUCUCAUCUUGUCUUAUUUGUUUUGAUCCCUUGUGUGUAUAACUAUAAUUUACUAUCGGGAUUACUGUAUAGCCUGGAUGACAAAUAAGCAACGUAUUACCGGUCCUUAGAAUGGCCGGAUUUAACGUACAUAGAAUAGUAAAAAUACUAGCUGAGGUCAGGGAACACAGAAAGGGACGCAAUGAUGAGGAAAGCCAGGAGUCAGGAUACCAGAAUACAGAGAAGUCAAUAAACAAAGCCAAAGUCAAAAACCAGUAGAAAACUAUAAACUGGAACGCGCUCUCGGACAACCACAUGGGAAACCACGACAGGGCACUGAGUGGAGGUCAGACUAGGUUUUUAUAUCCAUCCUCCCUUUCCCAUUGGUCAGCCCGGUUUUUUGGCUCCAAAAUGUGUGUGUGCACGCGCGGGGGGGUUAUUUCCGCCCGUGGAUGUGCAGCGGCCAAUGCCAGACUAUAUGCUGAGACAGUUAGGACUGCAAGCUUCCAGCCGCUGAGCACCAGGUGAGGGAAAAGUGACAAUUACAUAGCAUGUAACUACUUUAAAGGAACACUGCAAAAGUGUAUACCAAACCCUAUAUUGUUAAAAACACUAUUUAGGUGGCCACACCUUACUUUAAAAGCUGUAAAACUCACCUUUAUUCCAGCAAUGCUCCUCCCUUGUCCCGCCUCCUUGGCUGAGAUAAUCAGAAUUGACAAUCUCAGCCAAUCCAAUGCAUUCAAUUGUCAAUUCUGAUUAUCUCAGCCAAGGGGGCGUGGGGCAGAGUCAGACACCACACUGGCCAAUCAACAUCUCCAUUGAAUCAAUGCAUCUCUAUGAGGAAUGUUCAGCAGGAGACACUGAACGUCAGUGCUGCACAUUGUGUAGAACUGACUCGGGAAGCACAUCUAGUGGCUGUCAGUGACUUCCCUAGUUUGAAAAGGCAGUGUUUACAUUUAAAAGCCUGCAGGGACUGACUAUAGACACAAGAACCGCUAUAUUAAGCUGUAAUUGUUCUGGUGACUAUAGUGUUCCUUUAAGUGUCAGUAGGAGAAAUGGUGUCCUGGGUAAUAGAAUGCAAAGAUAGUAAUUUUUAAAACAUAACCAGUAAUAUGUAAUUUAAAAACCGUACCCAUUAAAUAAUGAGAGAGGUGCUUACGGUAAAAACACAUGAAACAAAGAAAUCUAAAUUGAAAUCCUUCUUUUCACUUUGUUCACGUUAUUACUGCUCGUACAUUGCAUGUGUCAGCACUGUUCUCUCACCCUGUGUAACCAUCCUAACCCUUCCAGUUCCGCCGGGAAGAGGAUGCAGAAAAGGCUGUGAAGGAUCUGAACAAUCGUUGGUUUAAUGGUCAGCCCAUCCAUGCAGAGCUGUCUCCAGUCACUGAUUUUAGGGAAGCAUGCUGUCGCCAGUAUGAGAUGGGGUGAGUAACAAGUAGUCACAGAGUAUGGGAUUAUCACUCGAUCACGUUCACAGCAUUAUACAAUGUGUUUUGUGUACAAUGUUAUUUUCUUUUUUUGACAAUUUCUUUUUUUCUUUUUCUGUUUUUGUGGUUAGCGUAACAAUCUUUACUUAUUUAGGCAUAUUCUAAAAUAGGCCUUGCUUAUAUUAUAUUAUAUAUUUAAAUGGACACUAUAGGCACCAAACCAACUUUAGCUCAAUGAAGCAGUGUUGGUGUAUAGAUCAUGCCCUGCAGUGUCACUGCUCAGUUUAGAAUGUAUCUGCUGCUCUGUUAAUAGCCUAUUAAAGCCUGCAAGAGCCUCCAGUGUGGUUAAAGUUCACUUUGGGAUCUGCUUAUUACCCCCUCCCAGACUCUUUGUGUUAUUUUAUUUAUUUGUCUUUUGUAUGUAGUGCUUUCACAUUUUCAGCCAACUAAAAUGUUUCAAUACGUAGAGAGAGAAUAUAUUGAUGUAAAUACACAAAAAGUAGAUUCUAAAAUAUUUAAGAUGUGAAUGUAAGAGUGUAAGAUGAUAUCUAUGUAGAUUUGUGUAAAGAAAAAUUGCUGAGACAUCGCUGAAUACAAAUAUGUGCAUUUUAUUGCAGUAAAAACUAACAGUAUUAUGACAUUCACAGUUAAAAUGCCACACAAAACUAAAUUUUUUUUUUUUUAAAGUUCCCUUUUUUAAGAUUUUAUUCACAGUAAAUUGUUUUAUAUAUGAAUAGUUCAUGUGAAAUUAAAUCCCUAUUUCUCCUGAACAAAAUAUGUAAUAAGUAUGGAUGCACUUAAUAUGAAAGAGGUGAAUUACAGUUGAACACACAUAUUUUAUAUACAAACACCCCUUCAUUCAAGCACCAACACUACUUACAAAAGCACACCUUUAUUUAAAAUCCAUCACUACAUACUAACACCACUGCAUUCAGACGCAGACACUACACAAAAGUACACCGCUAGAUUCCAAUGGCAACAUACGUGUGCAUCCAUACAUAUACUUCAUACAAAAACAUGCUUACAUUCAAACACUGCUCACAAAUACAACCCUACAACGGUGGGCAAAUGGUAGAUCCCCAGCUGGCAUAGCAUUGUUGGAGUUCUCCGACAGAUGGGGAUCUACCACUGGGAUACUCAACAUGAGAUGAGUCUGUGAGUAACUAGUUGCAUGCCUCUAAAACUGAUUGCCACAACGUACCAAGUUUAUGCCUAUGAAAUGCCAAAAUUACGCCUCUAAACUGCCAUGAUAUACCAAUUUUAUGCUUCUAAAACCGAUUGCCAUGGUGUGCCAAAUGUAUGCCAUUAAAACUGAUUGCCAUGGUGUGCCAAAAGUAUGCCUCUAAAACGGAUUGCCAUGGUGUGCCAAUUGCAUGCCUCUAAAACUGAUUGCCAUGGUGUGCCAAUUUUAUGCCACUAAAACUGUCAUAGUGUGCCAAUUGUAUGCCUCUAAAACUGAUUGCUAUGGUGUGCCAAUUGUAUGCCUGUAAAACUGAUUGCCAUGGUGUGCCAAUUGUAUGCCUCUAAAACUGAUUGCUAUGGUGUGCCAAUUGUAUGCCUGUAAAACUGAUUGCCAUGGUGUGUCAAUUCUAUGCCUCAAUAGCCAAAUGCCAUAGUGUGCCAAUUUUAUGCAUCUAAAGCUGCCGUGGUGUGCCAAGUUUAUUCAUUUUGAAAAUAUGCAUUAAAACCUAGUGGGUUUAAAAUAAUUAUCGUUUUCAAAAAUAUCUGGGACAGAGUAUAGCAGAUAUUUUAAUCAUUGAUUUUUACUGACACCUAGUGGAUCACUCGUGAUAUAACAACUGUAUAAAUACUUGGUCACUAAUAGAUAUAUGAAUUUAUUGCACUUGUCUUGAAACAAAUCAAUUUGUUGAUUCAUUUGGAAAAAGUCUUUUGCCUGGUGGGCAAAUAGUGGGAUGAUUCCAUUCAUAUGCAACGAGUGCACUAAUUGAUAGAGCAAAACACAAACUUUAUAUAUUUAUAAGAUGUUAUAAAUAUUUGAAUACUUGCAUCAAGUUGAGGUGUUGAAUGCUUGCACUGUUGCGGGUUUGGUUAUGAUGUGAGUGUUGGAUUGGCACGGCACUAGGUGUGGUUAUAGAUAUGUCAGUAUUGGAUUGGCACGGUUUGGGGGUAGAUAUAGGCAUGGUGGGGGGUAGAUAAUGUGUAGGUCAGUGUUGGAUUGGCACAGCAUGAAGGAAUAUAUGGGUAUGAUGUCUGUGGGAUUGGCACGCUGUGAGUGAAUAUAUGGGUUGGCACGGCAUGGUGGUAGAUAGCGGUAUGAUGUUAGGGUGGGAUGUUACAUUACAGUUUGUGAUGCUGGCGUGGAUAUUUGCGUUAACCUCAGUUAUUGGAUGGUGGGAGCUUAUGGGACCAAUGGCAGCGUAGAUGCUUCUAUGAGGUUGGGUGUUGGUUGCUGGCGUGCCGAGGCAUUGUAAGAGUAAUGUCAGUGUAGAUAUUUUUAUGUGGUUACGUGUGUGUUGCUGGCAUGCUAUAAGGUUGGGUGUGGGUUACUGGCGUGCCAUGGCAAUGUAAGCGUAAUGGCAGUGUGGAUAUUUUUAUGUGGUUACAUGUGUGUUGCUGGCAUGCUGGGGUGUUCUGUGAGGUUGGGUGUGGGUUACUGGCGUGCCGAGGCAUUGUAAGCGUAAUGGCAGUGUGGAUACUUUUAUGUGGUUACGUGUGUGUUGUUGGCAUGCUGGGAUGUUCUGUGAGGUUGGGUGUGGGUUACUGGCGUGCCGUGGCAUUGUAAGCAUAAUGGCAAUGUGGAUACUUUUAUGUGGUUACGUGUGUGUUGCUGGCAUGCUGGGGUGUUCUGUGAGGUUGGGUGUGGGUUACUGGCGUGCCGAGGUGUUGUAAGAGUAAUGGCGCUGUGGAUACUUGUAGGAGGUUGAUGUGUGAGAUGCUAGUGUGGUUAUGUGUAUGGUAAUGAUAUUCGUUCUGGUUUCUGCAGGGAGUGCACACGUGGGGGAUUCUGUAAUUUCAUGCAUCUGAAGCCAAUUUCUCGAGAACUACGCAGAGAACUGUAUGGACGUCGUCGGAAGAAGUGAGUAGACAGCAGUACUGAGAUGCUUUGUACCAGCUUUUGAGUUUCCUUCAUUAACAAUAUUGAUUUUUUUGUGUUUUGUUUGUUUUUUUGGUUUUUCUCUUAUGGACAGAUUGCAGGGCAGAGUAGCAAUAAACAAGUUAGUAAUUUCUUCACCUUUGGGAUUGGUUAGGGAGAUUUGACUUUUUUGUACUUAAAUCAAUAAGAAUAGAAUGGUACUGUGUGAAGGACCCAACUGGGGCCUUUGUGGCCUUUCCAGCACCCCAUGCAAACCUUUCAUUGUGCAAUCCACUGUCUACUCUCCUUGACACCUCAACCUCCGACGACUCCCCAUAUUUCUUUUUUUUUUAUCAAAGACUGCACAUUUUCUUUCAUCCUGUUUCAUUUCCCGAUCCACCCUUCACCUCACCUUUUUAACACCUUUAUCUUCCUAGGUUGUUCUCUCAUUGUUUGCUUAACUUUUCAAUGCCAACCAAUGUACUGACCUCCCUCCAUUUCUCUGUUCCGUUUUAGCUUGGUACCACAGCCCCCAAAUUCUCAGUUUAUCCUCUCAUGCAUAUUCUACCACUUCGUCUAUGUUCCAAUCCUGUCUAUCACUUGUGACUCCUAAGUGUCCUGUAAAGUUUGCAGAUGGUCCCCUUUCAGACCACUGGGCCCAUUCACUUUCAUCAUUAACCCAUCCACACCACGAUCACUGCUACAUAACAGCCUGCGUUGGGCAUCCUUUACUUAUACACUCUUGUCUUUUUCAGGCAUCGAUCUCGCUCAAGAUCCCGCGAACGCCGCUCUCGUUCCAGAGAUCGUGGGCGGGGGGGUGGAGGAGGAGGAGGAGGAGGAGGAGGGGGCGGCCGGGACAGGGACCGUCGGAGGUCAAGAGACCGAGAGAGGUCGGGUCGUUUCUGA